AUGAAUACCCCCUAUUUUCCCGUAAUAAUAUGCAAUUUAUCAAAAUUUUUGGCUGUGAUUCUGAUUGACUGGAACCACAGCUAUCUGGAGACCUCGCUCCUGAGACUGUGUCAGAGUUAUCUCCCCCAGUGGAGGAAGAGAAACAUCAGACAGGAUGUGUACAUCUGCUUGUUUGGAAUAGCGCUGACCUUAAUUUAUGGCAACUGUUUGAAAAACUUUGUCAUCAGUUUUGAAAACUGUAGAAUUUUAGGUGCUUCCUUAGCAGUCUUCCUCUCUUUCUGGCUCCAGAGUAAAUCAGACACAGAUUCUGUCUCAGAUAAAUGUGUUGGGACUCCUGUGGUCCCAGUCUCUGAUAAAUCAGUGGGAGGAUCCGCAGUAACACAGAGAGACCAGGAGACUGGUGGCUCCACCUGCUGUGGAGCUGGGGUCCCCCGGUACCUCGCCUCUCUGCCUCCCUCUUCCUCGGAGCCUCAGUCUGCGGUGAACAUAGAGGAGGAGUUGAGUCAUCCCUAUGUGGAGGCCUUCAGGACACAGGUAGAUGAGGAGGAGGUAACUCUGGAGGAGCUGAUCACUGCCAUACAGUACCUCAACACACUCAAGGAAGGAAUAACUGCUCAUAGAAGUGCUCAGAAGUUGAUAGAUGCUGUGGAUCAUAUCCAGAGAAUGGGACAGAUGUCAAGGCUGGAUGACUCUGGAUUCCCCCAGGAUUACACUUAUGAGGAGCUCCACCACAUCGUGGUGGUGGAGAGUGGGUACCCCCUAGAGGACUUUGACAGAGUGGUUGAAAAAUGCUUAGAGAACAGCAGUUACCUCCCAUCUCCAGAGGAGUUUGCAGAAAUCCAUCAUGACAUGAAAGUGCAACUAGAAAAGGAGGUGGCAGAGAAGGACCAAGAGAUUUGUGAGACAAGGAGAGAGAUGGAGGAGACGCUGAGGGUAGUGGAGGAGACCACACAGGAAGUGAGGGAAUCCCGACAGAAGAACCAGUCACUCAGAGAGAGGCUGCAGCAGAACGAGAGGAUCAUCCUACAGAGAGAUCAAGCCUUACAGCAGAGAGAUCAAACCAUACAACAGAAGGACAGAAUGCUACAGCAGGAGAGACAGAGGGUAAGAAUGUUGGAGGAGAGAAAUCAGCCGGUCCCUGAGGGGGAGUGGCAGAAGAGACUGAGGGAGCUGGAGGAGGAGAAUCGUCGACUGUCUGCCCAGUCUGACCGCGCUAAGUGUAAGAUCUGUCAUCAGGAGGAGGUCCAGGUGUCCUUCACCCCCUGUAAUCACCUGAUCUCGUGUCAAGGUUGUGUGGACAGUCUGCCAGAGAGAGUGUGUCCAUUGUGUAGGCAGCCAAUUCAGGGAACAGUCAACAUGUUCUUUGCUUAGAAUAUUUGUAAAUUAUGAAUCUGUGAUUGGGCAGCAGCUACUUUUACUUGUCUUGUUUAUGUAUCGUUUAGGUUUAUUUUUUGUUAACAAAUUUGUUAACCAGUCAUUUGUCUGGAUGCAAAAGCAUAAAGGCAGAAAAUUGUAUGAAAUGGAUUUAUUUGCUGAGAUCUUAAAUUUCUGUGUUUCCUAACAGGAUUAUUAAUAUGAUAUUUUUUUUGUUGUUCAGGAAUAUAUAAA